GCUCAUCCAAGCCAAGACGGAGCAGAUGCCAAGCGCUGCGGCAGACAAAAAAAAGUCUGCAUUGUUUGGCGUCUUCUUAAAUGUGCGCUAUUUAACUGACAAUGGAAAAAUCGGAAGGCCUUGAAGCAAAGAGCGAAGAGCCAGCAGUUGUGGGAUGUUCAGGUAAUGAUAACGGUGCCUCCACAACGACUGAUCCUGCUGAGCCAAGCGACCCAAAGAAGAAGCCCAAAUGGACCAAAGGUAAACGGAGAAAGAGGGCACGUGAUGUCAACGCUCCGGAACGACCGCUGACGGGCUACGUCCGUUUCCUGAACGAUCGGCGAGAGGCCGUUCGAGCUGCGAACCCUACAGCCAACUUUCCAGAUGUCACAAAGCUCCUGGCCAUUGAGUGGAGCAAGCUUAGUCCCCAGGAGAAACAGAAAUAUUUGGACGAAGCUGAGAAAGACCGUGAGCGUUACACAAAGGAGCUGGAGCAGUACCAGCAGACAGAGGCAUACAGAAUGUUCACAAAGAAGCAGCAUGAGAAAAAAGCAAAAGGUGAUGAUGCCAGUGCAGCAGCCACUACGAAUGGCACAGCAGCUGAUGCAGUAACUGAAGACAGCAAGAAAGAUGAACUACCUGGCUACAACAUUCCCAUUUUCACAGAGGAGUUCCUCGACUACAACAAGGGAUGUGAGGCAGAGCUUCGACAGCUGCGCAAGUCCAACACAGAGUACGAGGAACAGAAUGCCAUCCUUGGCAAACACAUUGACACCAUGAAGGCAGCGAUCGAAAAACUCGAAGUGGAGACAGUCCAGCAGAAGAACAACAACCUUGCUCUACAGCAGCACUUGGCCGCGUUACGCACAAAACUUGCCGCGAGUUUCUCGAGCCUUCCAUUGCCUGGAACAAAUGAAACUGCCACAUUGGAGAACAUAGACAGCUAUAUGGCUGUACUUCAUAGCAUCAUCUUGGACCGACCACAGGAACAUGAAGCAUUGAUUGCUUCUGUUCGUGAGAUAGCUAAUCGCUUGGAGUACCAAGGAUGAAGACAGCCUGCUAAUAUGUUAACGCAAGACAAAUAUAUGCAUUUGCAUGCUGUACAUAACAUUCAAUUCCUUAGAAAAUAACUUACUGAUCAAGUACAUUUUCAUGAUCAACUUUUACGUAUGCUUUUCAUAUAAUGUUGAACAGACUACUUGUAGUUUGCUGGUGCAAAUGAAUUUGUAGCGUUUGCAUGCUGUGCAUAGCUCAUGCUUAUGUGAUGACCUGAUGAAAUAAAUAAAUACAUUCUCAUAACCUG